UUAUCUAAAAGAGAAAACCUUUGUUCAAGGAAAAUCUUUGGAAGGAGAAUUCCCUCAACUUCUCUUCAGUAAUUCAUGUAGAUGUUUUUCGCUAUGAUAUUAGGAAAUACCUCAUUUUGUUAUAAAGAUUGGAGUACUCUUUGUACUCUCGUUAACAAAAAUUUGCUUAUAAAAUAAUUAUGAGCUUUUCUAAAUGUUUAAUGUAUGUUUAUUUAUUUGUAUAUUCUUGCAUUUUGAUGGUGCUAAAAUUAAGAUGCUUUGAAGUUGGUACAUUUUGGAUUGAAGGGCCUUUGUUUUUAUAUUCAUUUUAUUUGACUAAAGAAACAAAGUAGGUAGGUGAGAAUUUGAAAGCAACCAAACUUCUAUGCUCUUUCCUAACAUGACUUACGAGUAAUACUUUGUUCACACUUCUAUAGUCAACUUUAUCAUUUCUUUAUAUCUACUUCAUGCCUAAUUCCACAUUGCACCAUUAAUAGCUCAAUCAAUACUUCAAAGUUUUAUAAAACUUCUUUCUCUGUUUUGAAUGGAAUCUACCACCACCAUAGAUGAAUCAUUAUCUUCUUCUUCUUCUUCACCUUCAAUCCAAACUUCAAAAUGGACCAACCAUGUUUUCUUGAGUUUUAGAGGUGAAGACACUCGCCAAGGUUUCACUGACCAUCUUUUUGCUUCAUUAGAAAGAAGAGGUAUCAAAACAUUCAAAGAUGAUCAUGAUCUCAAAAGGGGAGAAGUUAUAUCAUUGGAACUCAACAAAGCCAUUGAAGAAUCUAUGUUUUCUCUCAUCAUUCUCUCACCAAACUAUGCUUCCUCAACUUGGUGUUUGGAUGAGCUACAAAAGAUUGUUGAGUGUGGAAAGUGUUUUGGUGGUCAAGGUGUUUUUCCAAUCUUCUAUGGUGUAGAUCCUUCUCAUGUUAGGCAUCAAAGUGGAAGCUUUGCUAAAGCAUUUAGAAAACAUGAAGAAAACUUUAGAGAAGAUAGAGAGAAAGUGCAAAGGUGGAAAGAUGCAUUAAGAGAAGUUGCUGGUUAUUCUGGUUGGGACUCCAAGGAUUGGCAUGAGGCAAAAUUGAUAGAAACAAUUGUUGAAAACAUUCAGAAAAAAUUGAUUCCUAAAUUGAAUGUUUGCACAGAUAACUUUAUUGGAAUGGAUUCAAAGAUAAAAGAAGUAACUUCACUCCUAGGAAUGAAUUUAAACGAUGUUCGCUUCGUAGGCAUAUGGGGCAUGGGUGGAAUAGGAAAGACAACUAUUGCUCGAUUAGUCUACGAAGCGAUCAAAGAUGAAUUCAAUAUAAGUUGCUUUCUUGCAGACAUUAGAGAAUCAGUUUCCAAGACAAAUGGCUUAGUUAAUAUCCAAAUGGAACUUCUUUCUCAUCUUAACAUAAGAAGCAAUGAUUUUUACAAUGUUCAUGAUGGAAAAAAGAUAUUAGCAAACUCCUUAAGCAACAAAAAGAUUCUUCUUGUUCUUGAUGAUGUGAAUGAGUUAAGCCAAUUGGAGAGUUUAGCUUGGAAGCAAGAAUGGUUUGGUAAAGGAAGUAGAGUUAUAAUCACAACUAGGGAUAAGCACUUAUUAAUGACACAUGGAGUGCAUGAAACUUAUAAGGCAAAAGGGUUAGUAAAAAAUGAAGCACUUAAGCUCUUUUGUUUGAAAGCAUUUAAACAAGACCAACCUAAAGAAGAGUAUUUGAGUUUGUGUCAAGAAGCGGUUGAAUACACAAAAGGACUUCCUUUGGCACUUGAGGUAUUAGGUUCACAUCUUCAUGGAAGAAGUGUUGAGGUUUGGCAUAGUGCUUUAGAACAAAUAACAAGUGUUCCUCACUCCAAAGUUCAAGAUACAUUGAAAAUAAGCUAUGACAGUUUACAAUCUAUGGAGAAAAAUUUGUUUCUAGAUAUUGCAUGUUUCUUCAAAGGAAUGGACUUAGAUGAAGUAAUAGAUAUGUUAGAAAAUUGUGGUGAUUAUCCUAAAAUUGGAAUUGACAUUUUGGCUGAAAGAUCUUUGGUAAGUUUUGAUAGGGGAGGAAAUAAGUUGUGGAUGCAUGAUUUGCUUCAAGAAAUGGGAAGGAAUAUUGUGUUUCAAGAAUAUCCAAAUGAUCCUGGAAAACGCAGUCGAUUAUGGUCUCAAAAAGACAUUGAUCAAGUAUUGACAAAAAAUAAGGGAACUGAUAAAAUUCAAGGCAUAGUUCUGAACUUGGAUCAACCGUAUGAAGCAAAAUGGAACAUUGAAGCCUUCUCCAAAAUAAGUCACCUAAGGUUACUCAAAUUAUGUGGCAUAAAACUCCCCCUUGGCCUCAACUGCUUCCCUAGUUCACUAAAAGUACUUGACUGGAGAGGAUUUCCUUUGAAAACCCUUCCAUUCACUAAUAAUUUGGAUGAAAUUGUUGACCUCAAAUUGCCUCACAGUAAAAUAGAACAACUUUGGCAUGCAACACAGUUUCUUGAAAAUCUGAAAUCCAUCAACUUGAGCUUUUCCAAGUCUCUAAAGCAAUUGCCUGAUUUCGUUGGUGUUCCGAAUCUUGAAUCAUUGGUUUUUGAAGGCUGUACAAGCUUAACUGAGAUUCAUCCCUCCCUUUUAAGCCACAAGAAACUUGUUCAAUUGAAUUUGAAACACUGCAAAAGGCUCAAAACACUUCCAUGCAAAAUAGAAACAACUUCAUUGAAGAAUUUAAGUCUUGCUGGUUGCUCUGAAUUCAAACAUCUUCCUGAGUUUGAUAAAAGCAUGAAACAUCUAUCAAAUCUUUCUUUAUCAGAUACUGCUAUAACAAAACUACCAUCUUCACUUGGAUAUCUUGUUUUCCUUAGACUUUUGGAUUUAGAAAAUUGCAAGAAUCUUAUUAGUCUUCCAGAUACAAUAAGUGAAUUGAAGUCUCUCAUAACUCUGAAUGUUUCUGGCUGCUCAAAACUCCAUAGCAUUCCAGAAGGUUUAAAAGAAAUCAACUGUUUGGAGGAACUUCUUGCAAGUGAAACUUCUAUUGAAGAACUACCUUCAUCUGUUUUUUAUCUAGAAAACCUCAAAGUAAUAUCAUUUUCUGGAUGCAAAGGACCAGUGACUAAGACAGUGAAUUCAUUUUUGCUACCAUUUACACAUUUCUUAAGUAGUCCACAAGAUCCUACUAGUUUUAGAUUGCCGCAUAAAUUAUCUCUACCUUCUUUGAAGUACUUAAAUUUAAGUUACUGCAAUCUAUCUGAAGAAUCAAUCCCAAAUGAUUUUUUCAACUUUUCUUCUUUGAUGGUUUUAAAUCUCACUGGGAACAAUUUUGUUAGUCCACCAAGUAGCAUUUCAAAGCUACCAAAACUUGAGUAUCUUAGCCUAAACUGGUGUGAAAUGCUUCAGAAUUUGCCAGAACUUCCCUCAAGUAUGAGGACAUUGGAUGCAUGUAAUUGUGAUUCACUGGAAACUUCUGAAUUCAAUCUUUCUAGAUCAUGCAAUCUCAUUGAAUCGCCGAUGAGGCAAAGACACUCGCAUUUACCUGAAGUUCUGAAGAGCUAUUUGGAGGCAGUGCAACUUGGUCUACCUAAAGAAAGAUUUGACAUGCUUAUCACAGGGAGUGAAAUUCCAUUAUGGUUUACACCUUCAAAAUAUGUUUCAGUUGCAAACAUACCAGUCCCUCCUAAUUGUCCAAAUGAUCAAUGGGUAGGAUUUGCUUUGUGUUUCUUGUUAGUAAGUUUUGCUGAUCCACCUGAGUUAUGUCAUCAUGAAGUAAGUUGUUACUUGUUUGGACCUAAGGGUAAGAUGUUGAUCAGCUCAAGGGAUUUACCUCCUUUGGAACCAUAUUGCCGCCACCUUUAUAUUCUCUAUUUGUCCAUUGAUGAAUGCCGCAAAAGAUUCGAUAAAGGCGGUGACUGCAGUGAAAUUGAGUUUGUCUUGAAAACUUAUUGUUGUGAUUCAUUGAAAGUAGUGAGAUGUGGUAGUCGUUUGGUAUGUAAACAAGAUGUUGAAGAUAUUUACAGAAUUUGUAAUUAGGCUUUCUCACUAUAUGCUAGGGGGAAGGGAAAAUGUUAGUGUCAGUGAUUGAACUUUGGACUUCCUGUAUUAACUCCUUCGAUGUCGUUAGCUAAACCACUAGGCUACUUCUUUGGAGACCAAUAGUAUAGUCCUUGACAAUAGUGUCAUGCCAUUUUCCAAUGAUGUUAUGUGACUUGUACACAAAUUUUAAUAGAAUUACUUGUGAGCCUUGUUAUCACAUGUGAAUAAGCUUCUAAUUCUUCAUUUUGUAAUUUUUUUUGUCUUGUUGAAAGGACUGAUUCUUAUGA